GUUGUUUCGGUCGAGGAGCCGUCGCCGCCAUUUCAAGACAGUGAGAGGUAGAUGUCUAACAAGAGUUCCCAAGAUUCGAGUCCAGUGUCUGCUGCCGCCCAUUAAGCCUUCCAAAACACUGAUACAGCUGCUGCCCUUUUUCUGCUACCUCUAGAAACAUUUUUGCCAGUAGUGGCGGCAGUAGAAGUCAAUUACCCCCUUCUUGCUCUAUCUCAAGAAGCUCCAGAUGGCGUCUUCCGUGGGCAACGUGGCCGACAGCACAGAACCAACGAAACGUAUGCUUUCCUUCCAAGGGUUAGCUGAGUUGGCACAUCGAGAAUAUCAGGCAGGAGAUUUUGAGGCAGCUGAGAGACACUGCAUGCAGCUCUGGAGACAAGAGCCUGACAAUACUGGUGUCCUUUUAUUACUUUCAUCUAUACACUUCCAGUGUCGAAGGCUGGACAGAUCUGCUCAUUUUAGCACCUUGGCAAUUAAACAGAAUCCCCUUCUAGCAGAAGCCUAUUCGAAUUUGGGGAAUGUGUACAAGGAAAGAGGGCAGUUGCAGGAAGCAAUUGAGCAUUAUCGACAUGCCUUGCGGCUCAAGCCUGAUUUCAUUGAUGGUUAUAUUAACCUGGCAGCAGCCUUGGUAGCAGCAGGUGACAUGGAAGGAGCAGUACAAGCUUACGUCUCUGCUCUUCAGUACAAUCCUGAUUUGUACUGUGUUCGCAGUGACCUGGGGAACCUGCUCAAAGCCCUGGGUCGCUUGGAAGAAGCCAAGGCAUGUUAUUUGAAAGCAAUUGAGACGCAACCAAACUUUGCAGUAGCUUGGAGUAAUCUCGGCUGUGUUUUUAAUGCACAAGGGGAGAUUUGGCUUGCAAUUCAUCACUUUGAAAAGGCUGUCACCCUUGACCCAAAUUUUCUGGAUGCUUAUAUCAAUUUAGGAAAUGUCUUGAAAGAGGCACGCAUUUUUGACAGAGCUGUGGCAGCUUAUCUUCGUGCCUUAAGUUUGAGCCCAAAUCACGCGGUGGUGCAUGGCAACCUGGCUUGUGUCUACUAUGAGCAAGGUCUAAUUGACUUGGCCAUCGAUACCUACAGGCGAGCUAUAGAACUGCAGCCACAUUUCCCUGAUGCUUACUGCAACCUAGCAAAUGCUCUCAAAGAGAAGGGCAGCGUUGCUGAAGCAGAAGAUUGUUAUAAUACAGCUCUUCGUCUGUGUCCUACCCAUGCAGACUCUUUGAAUAACCUCGCCAAUAUCAAACGGGAACAGGGCAAUAUUGAAGAGGCGGUCCGCCUAUAUCGCAAAGCAUUAGAAGUCUUCCCAGAGUUUGCUGCUGCACAUUCCAAUUUAGCAAGUGUACUGCAACAACAGGGCAAGCUGCAGGAGGCACUGAUGCAUUAUAAGGAAGCCAUAAGAAUCAGUCCUACAUUUGCUGAUGCUUACUCUAAUAUGGGAAACACUCUAAAGGAGAUGCAGGAUGUUCAGGGAGCCUUGCAGUGUUAUACUCGUGCCAUUCAGAUUAAUCCUGCCUUUGCAGAUGCACACAGCAAUCUGGCUUCCAUUCACAAGGAUUCAGGGAAUAUCCCAGAAGCAAUAGCUUCUUACCGCACAGCUCUGAAACUUAAGCCUGACUUUCCUGAUGCCUAUUGUAACUUGGCUCAUUGCCUUCAGAUUGUCUGUGAUUGGACAGACUAUGAUGAGCGAAUGAAGAAAUUGGUUAGUAUUGUAGCUGAGCAGCUAGAGAAGAAUAGGCUGCCUUCGGUGCAUCCUCAUCAUAGUAUGCUGUACCCUCUUUCUCAUGGCUUCAGAAAGGCUAUUGCAGAGAGGCAUGGGAACCUCUGCUUGGAUAAGAUUAAUGUCCUUCAUAAACCACCAUAUGAACAUCCAAAAGAUUUGAAACUCAGUGAUGGACGAUUGCGUGUGGGGUAUGUGAGUUCUGACUUUGGAAAUCACCCUACUUCUCACCUUAUGCAGUCUAUCCCAGGCAUGCAUAAUCCUGAUAAAUUUGAGGUAUUCUGCUAUGCCCUGAGCCCAGAUGAUGGUACCAACUUCCGAGUGAAGGUGAUGGCCGAAGCCAAUCAUUUCAUUGAUCUUUCUCAGAUUCCCUGCAAUGGAAAAGCAGCUGACCGAAUCCACCAGGAUGGAAUUCACAUCCUUGUAAAUAUGAAUGGGUACACCAAGGGUGCUCGAAAUGAGCUCUUUGCUCUCAGACCAGCUCCUAUUCAGGCGAUGUGGCUAGGAUAUCCUGGGACUAGUGGUGCACUGUUUAUGGAUUAUAUCAUCACUGAUCAGGAAACUUCCCCAGCUGAAGUUGCAGAGCAGUAUUCUGAGAAACUGGCUUAUAUGCCCCAUACUUUUUUCAUUGGUGAUCAUGCUAACAUGUUCCCUCACCUGAAGAAAAAAGCAGUCAUUGAUUUUAAAUCCAAUGGGCACAUUUAUGACAAUCGGAUAGUUCUGAAUGGCAUCGAUCUCAAAGCAUUUCUUGAUAGUCUACCAGAUGUGAAAAUUGUCAAGAUGAAAUGUCCUGAUGGAGGUGACAAUGCAGACAGCAGUAACACAGCUCUUAAUAUGCCUGUCAUUCCCAUGAACACGAUUGCAGAAGCAGUUAUUGAAAUGAUUAACAGAGGACAGAUCCAGAUAACAAUUAAUGGAUUCAGUAUUAGCAAUGGACUGGCAACUACACAGAUCAAUAAUAAGGCUGCAACUGGAGAGGAAGUUCCCCGAACCAUUAUUGUAACCACCCGUUCCCAGUAUGGGCUACCAGAAGAUGCUAUUGUGUACUGUAACUUUAAUCAGUUAUAUAAAAUUGACCCUUCUACCCUGCAGAUGUGGGCAAAUAUUCUGAAACGUGUACCUAAUAGCGUGCUUUGGCUGUUGCGUUUUCCAGCAGUAGGAGAACCCAAUAUUCAACAAUAUGCACAAAAUAUGGGCCUUCCCCAGAACCGUAUAAUUUUUUCACCAGUGGCUCCUAAAGAGGAGCAUGUCAGGAGAGGUCAGCUGGCUGAUGUCUGCCUGGACACUCCCUUAUGUAAUGGGCACACUACAGGGAUGGAUGUUCUCUGGGCAGGGACCCCCAUGGUGACUAUGCCAGGAGAGACUCUUGCCUCUCGAGUUGCAGCUUCUCAGCUCACUUGCCUAGGAUGUCUUGAGCUCAUUGCUAAAAGCAGACAAGAAUAUGAAGACAUAGCUGUGAAACUGGGAACUGAUCUUGAAUACCUGAAGAAAAUUCGUGGCAAAGUCUGGAAACAGAGAAUAUCUAGCCCUCUGUUCAACACCAAACAAUACACAAUGGAAUUAGAGCGGCUCUAUCUGCAGAUGUGGGAGCAUUAUGCAGCUGGCAACAAACCUGACCACAUGAUUAAGCCUGUUGAAGUCACUGAGUCAGCCUGAAUAAAGACUGCGCACAGGAGAAUUAUCCCUAUACCUGAGCCUCGACCUUCUGGGGGAAAGGGAACUAGAUAACAUACUUUGUGCUUAUCUGUACAGUACCGUGUUACAGAUGGGUGAUCUAUAAUGAUAAUAGAAUAGCACAGCCAGACUUGCUUCCUGCAUGAUAGGGAGAGACAAGAGAUAAGAAAUUGCUGUUUUGCAAGGAAUCUCUGUAGAGUUUUGCAGCAAGCAGAUGGUGCAGAGGUCUGGAAUGUUUGGUGUCCCUUGGUCUUACAUGGGAUACUUAAUUAAUGUGUGUGGAGGGAGAUAGAGAUUGACCAGCUAUUUUGUGAUUUCAUGGAUUGAUCAAGUCUUCUGAUCCUUUUUUUUCUUUAUAUUUUGGGUAUUGGAGCUUUUAAAAAUGUUUGCUUUCAGGUAUUUUUACUCAUGUGAAGUGAUUUUGAUUCUUCUGAGACAAGGUUUUAAACUAAAAUGUUGCUUCCUGUUUUAGUGUCUGAACUGUGACAGGGUGACAGGGACCUUGCUGGUGUAGUCUUUUUUAUAGGUUUUAUAAACCACUUGAGCCUAUAUCAGUCGUUUUAGUGUCUGACCUAAUGCUUGAUGCUGUUAGUGCUUUGUUGAUUUAGAUGGUGAUUCAAGGUUUUUCAGUCUCUUUCCUACUUCUUUUCUCUCACCUCCCUUUAAAUUCUCCUGUGACUGCUAACAAAACCAAGUCUUGUUUCAAACAUCCCAGAGUGUUUCUCUUAAACACACCAUCUGGUGCCAAAUGAAAAUUCUUAGGAGUGAAUAUUAAUCAUGAAGGGCACAGUUGUGGUACUGUUGUUGAUAAUAUUGUAGAUUUUUUUUUGUCUAAUUUUUACCUAUUUCACCAGUGUUUAAGCCCUUGACUGCCCCUCCUAUGCUGCUUCCAAAAGUGAUAGUGUGUGAUAAGAUUUUUACCUUCCUUUCUAAAGUUUGUUUUUUUUUUUAAAGUGAGUCCUGUUCUUCCUAUUUCUUUCAGCAGAAAUGAAAUCCCAGGUAAGUAUAAGUAUUCAAAUAUUUGAUUAGUAAGUUGCAGUUAUCUCCAGUACAUUAAAUAAUGUUCACUUACAGAUUUAGAGGUAAAAGUCCUGCAGGACCAUCUCUACACAAGCAGUUAUUUUUUAGACUGUGUUAAUGUAUAUCUUCUGGACUUAAUCUCUAAGUCUGUGGAUUCAGCCGUGGUAAUAGUGAAUUUGCAUCACUACUUGGUUUAGAGUACAAGUUAGACGUUAUUUUCCCUCCUGGAGCUUGAAUUCUUGGUGGUUAUAAAAAAAUGCAUUUCAAUGAAGGGUAGAGGGCUUGAGGCUUAAACAAACAAGCCAACAUAUGACUUUGUACUGCUCUACUUACUGCACUUAGAGUCUCCAGUUACAGCUCAGUUUUGUCUGUUUGUAGUGCUCUAGAUUCUUUCCAAAGCACCUAGGCAGUGCACCUAUUCUGUAGUUGCAGCUCUUGCCUGAAUGUACCUUAGCUGACAAGUUAUUGAUAAUUAAGAACUUGAAUUUGUGAUUCUUACUGCUAGUUAAAACCUAAGCAAGAAGUCUUAUGUGUGAUUCUGAAGCAGAAUUACAUUGUAAUGAACUGUGUACCUUUAGUAAUGUAAAUCAAGGAACACCAGUUAAGGGAUUUCUUAAUUUAUUUUUUAACUGAAUAAAUAUCAGUUAAAGGUUGCCAGCAUGGUUACAGGUAAACUGAUUUUCAAAAUUUACUGAACUACUAAAUGUGGGCUUGGAUAAUAGACUUCCAGUGCCGCUAAGGCUGUGAUCUGUGGCCAUUUUACAUAGCACAUCAUUCCUCCUAUAGGGAUGAACUUUUUCCUGGCACGAAAAGUAGCCACUCUGGUUGAAGCUUUGCUUAUUGUAACAGGCUUUUAUUUCCAGGUAACAUGUCUGUGGAAGACUUAAUUCAGAUAGUUAUAGAUAUUACUGGAAACUAAUUUGUGUUUUUUUUUUUCUAUUAUACUCUGCUUUAUUGAAAAAGUAAAGCAUUUAAAUUGUGCUCCAGAAAUUCAGAUGUUGUCUUGCGAUCUUUAAACAAUAAAUGGAUGAUUUCCCCUUAAA